AUGUCCACAUCAGCCGGCCAAAUUGAUGUACAAAUUAUUAAUCGCUUUCCGCUACAUUGUGAGAAUAAUGACGUGAUGUCCACAGAUGAGAUUCCGUUCAAGCUUGGCCCAUUAGACGAAGUAAUCUUUCCGGUUCCUAUCGAAAAUAUCUUUGUCUAUGAAAAGCCGACAUUCAGCUCUGGAAAAGAUCUCAUCCCGAUUGACCGUCUGCGAAAUGCUCUCUCUUAUGCUCUUAAUGACUACCCACAUUUAACGGAACGGUUGCAUACCAACCCCGACAAUGGAGCGCCAGAGAUAGGCUGUCUGGGGACAGGACGUGAGCUUCUCGAAGCUCAGUGCAACCUCCGACUAGAUGACCUUUCCUACAAGAAUAACGCAUCACGUAGAGUCAUGGUGACGGACUUGCCAGAUUGUGGCGCCAGUCUCGUGCCACCUUUCAAUUCACCGAUAGACGAAUUCCACCGACCUCCGAUACUAGCCAUUCAGCAUACAAGGUUUGCUUGA